GACGUUGGCGCCGCGCGGUGCCGCUGAGCGGGGCCGCCCGGCGCAGACGGUGGGGGAAAGAUGUCGGACACCAAGGUGAAAGUGGCCGUCAGGGUCCGGCCCAUGAACAGGAGAGAGCUGGAGCUGAACACCAAGUGCGUGGUGGAGAUGGAGGGCAACCAGACCGUGCUGCACCCGCCGCCUUCCAACAGCAAGCAGGGAGAAAGAAAACCACCAAAGGUGUUUGCCUUUGAUCACUGCUUCUGGUCCAUGGAUGAAUCAAACACUACAAAAUAUGCAGGUCAGGAAGUGGUGUUCAAGUGCCUUGGAGAAGGAAUUCUUGAGAAGGCCUUUCAGGGAUAUAAUGCUUGUAUUUUUGCCUAUGGACAGACAGGUUCAGGAAAAUCCUUUUCAAUGAUGGGUAAUGCAGAGCAGCUGGGUCUGAUCCCACGGCUCUGUUGUGCUUUAUUUCAGAGAAUCUCUGUGGAAGAAAAUGAAUCUCAUACUUUUAAAGUUGAAGUGUCCUAUAUGGAAAUCUACAAUGAGAAAGUCAGAGAUCUACUUGACCCAAAAGGGAGUCGGCAAUCUCUUAAGGUUCGAGAGCACAAAGUGUUGGGACCAUAUGUAGAUGGCUUGUCUCAGCUGGCUGUUACCAACUUUGAGGAUAUUGAGUCAUUGAUGUCAGAGGGAAACAAAUCACGAACAGUUGCUGCAACCAACAUGAAUGAAGAAAGCAGCCGCUCUCAUGCUGUAUUCAACAUUAUAGUGACUCAGACACUUUAUGACCUGCAGUCUGGUAAUUCUGGAGAGAAGGUCAGCAAGGUCAGCCUGGUGGACUUAGCUGGUAGUGAGAGAGUGUCCAAAACAGGAGCUGCAGGAGAACGUCUGAAGGAAGGCAGUAACAUAAACAAAUCCCUUUCAACGCUUGGGUUGGUUAUAUCAUCACUUGCUGAUCAAGCAGCAGGGAAGGGGAAGAAUAAGUUUGUGCCUUACAGAGACUCUGUACUCACUUGGCUUCUCAAGGACAAUCUGGGAGGAAACAGCCAAACUGCCAUGAUAGCCACAAUUAGUCCAGCAGCAGACAAUUACGAAGAAACACUAUCUACUCUAAGAUAUGCAGACCGAGCCAAAAGGAUAGUUAACCAUGCUGUGGUGAAUGAAGAUCCAAAUGCCAGGGUCAUCAGAGAAUUACGUGAAGAAGUUGAAAAACUGAAAGAACAGCUCUCACAGGCUGAGGCCAUGAAGGCUCCAGAACUGAAGGAAAAAUUGGAAGAGUCCGAAAAGCUAAUAAAGGAAUUAACUGUCACCUGGGAAGAAAAGCUAAGGAAAACAGAAGAAAUUGCACAGGAGAGACAAAGACAGCUAGAGAGCAUGGGAAUUUCCCUGGAGUCUUCAGGUAUCAAGGUUGGAGAUGACAAGUGUUACCUGGUGAACCUGAAUGCAGACCCUGCACUCAAUGAACUUUUGGUUUACUAUUUGAAGGAUCACACAAGAGUUGGUGCAGAUACCUCUCAGGACAUACAGCUCUUUGGUAUAGGAAUCCAACCUGAACACUGUGAAAUUGAUAUUGCUUUGGAUGGAGAAGUCACACUCACACCAAAAGAAAAUGCAAGAUCCUGUGUAAAUGGUACGCUGGUAUGUUCUGUCACUCAGUUAUGGCAUGGAGAUAGAAUAUUAUGGGGAAACAACCACUUUUUUAGAAUCAAUUUACCAAAGAGGAAAAGAAGAGAUUGGCUGAAAGACUUUGAGAAAGAAGCUUUGUUAGGAGAGCAUGAUCUGGAUGCAGCCAGUGAAGCUUCUUCAGAGCCAGACUACAACUAUGAGUUUGCUCAAAUGGAAGUUAUUAUGAAGACACUGAAUAGCAAUGGAGACGAAUUUCAGAUGAAUCUACCAUCCUGGUGGUCUUCAGUGUUGUCAUCCCUUGUGAAGACUCUGUUGCCUGUUUUAAGGUCUCAAAGCAUCCCAUGUCUGUGCCAAAACUGGGACAAAGACCCAGUACAAAACGUGGUACAGAUCUUGGAGAAACAGUACCUGGAAGAGAAGCGGAGCGCUCUUGAAGAGCAGCGGCUGAUGUACGAACGUGAGUUGGAGCAGCUGCGGCAGCAGCUCUCUCCUGAAAGGCAGCACCAGCAUGGCAGUGACAGACUCUCCUACACUGCUCAGACUGCACAGCAGAAAGUAAAUCUGUGGACGGAAGAGAGGGAUGAAUUGUUUCGACAGAGCCUGGCUAAACUUCGAGAGCAGAUAGUGAAAGCAAAUACACUGGUGAGAGAAGCAAACUUCUUAGCAGAAGAAAUGAGUAAGCUGACGGAUUAUCAAGUAACACUUCAAAUCCCUGCUGAAAACCUCAGUGCCAACAAAAAGAGGGGUGCAAUAGUGAGUGAGCCUGCUAUUCAAGUGAGAAGAAAAGGAAAGGCUACUCAGGUGUGGACUAUUGAGAAACUGGAGAACAAAUUGAUUGACAUGAGAGAUCUCUAUCAAGAGUGGAAGGAGAAAAUUCCUGAGAUAAGGAAGCUCAUUGGCAAAAGAGGUGAUCCUUUUUAUGAAGCACAAGAAAAUCACAACUUAAUCGGUGUGGCAAAUGUGUUUUUGGAGUGCCUUUUCUAUGAUGUUAAGCUGCAAUAUGCUGUGCCUAUCAUCAGCCAGCAGGGGGAGGUUGCAGGACGAUUGCAUGUUGAAGUAAUGCGAGUCACUGGGUCUGUCCCAGAACGUGUGGUAGAAGGAGAUGACUCAUCUGAGAACUCCAGUGAGAGUGGGAGUCUGGAAGUCAUGGAUAACAAUGGAGAAAUUAUUCACAGAGCAAAAAAGCUCUCCUGCAGGGUAAAAAUAAAAGAAGCAACCGGACUGCCACCUAAUCUCUCCAACUUUGUCUUUUGUCAAUACACAUUUUGGGAUCAGUGCGAGUCAACAGUAGCAGCACCAAUUGUAGAUCCAGAUGUGCCUUCACCUCAGAGCAAAGAUGCUCAUUUUACAGUGACCUUCUCUCAUUGUAGGGACUACGUGGUGAAUGUCACAGAGGAGUUUUUGGAGUUCAUUUCAGAAGGAGCUCUUGCUAUUGAGGUGUGGGGUCACAGAUGUACAGGCAAUGGCACCUCUGUUUGGGAAGUUGACUCUCUUCAUGCUAAAACUAGGACACUGAGAGACAGGUGGAAUGAAGUAACUCGAAGAAUAGAAAUGUGGAUUUCCAUACAAGAAUUGAAUGAGAUGGGAGAAUAUACUGCAGUUGAACUCCAUCAGGCAAAGGAUGUAAACACGGGGGGGAUUUUCCAGCUUAGGCAGGGUCAUUCUCGCAGAGUUCAGGUGACAGUGAAACCUGUGCAACAUUCAGGAACGUUGCCUCUCAUGGUAGAAGCAAUUCUUUCAGUCUCUAUAGGUGGUGUGACUGCCAGAUCAACCAAAUUGCAAAGGGGCUUGGACAGCUAUCAGAAGGAGGAGGAUGAUGGUGGUGAUAUGGAUAGUUAUCAGGAAGAAGACUUAAACUGUGUACGAGAAAGAUGGUCUGAUGCACUGAUAAAACGCAGAGAAUACUUAGAUGAGCAGAUUCAAAAGAUCAGCAAUAAACAAGAGAAAUCUGAGGAUGAUAUCGAACGAGAAGCUCGGCUGGUAGAACAGUGGGUCGGGCUGACGGAAGAAAGGAAUGCAGUGUUUGUUCCAGCACCAGGCAGUGGGAUCCCCGGUGCACCUGCAAAUUGGAUUCCACCUGCUGGGAUGGAAACACAUAUACCUGUCCUCUUCCUUGAUUUGAAUGCUGAUGACCUCAGUGCCAAUGAACAACUUAUAGGUCCCCACGCAUCAGGAGUUAACUCAAUCCUACCAAAGGAGCAUGGGAGUCCAUUCUUUUAUCUGCCAAUCAUAAAACACAGUGAUGAUGAGGUUUCAGCCACUGCUGCCUGGGACUCUUCUGUCCAUGAUUCUGUGCAUCUGAAUAGAGUAACUCCUCAAAAUGAGAGGAUUUACUUAAUAGUGAAGACUACUGUGCAGCUCAGCCAUCCUGCUGCAAUGGAACUGGUCUUACGGAAAAGGAUUGCAGCCAAUAUUUAUAACAAGCAGAGUUUUACCCAGAGCCUGAAAAGAAGAAUAUCCUUGAAAAAUAUAUACUAUGCCUGUGGAGUAACCUAUGAAAUAGUAUCUAAUAUACCUAAGGCUACAGAAGAAAUUGAGGAUCGUGAGACCUUAGCUCUGAUGGCUGCAAGGAGUGAAAAUGAGGGUACAUCUGAUGGUGAAACUUACAUUGAGAAAUACACACGUGGAGUUCUGCAAGUGGAGAACAUUUUGAGUCUUGAACGACUAAGGCAGGCAGUUACAGUCAAAGAAGCACUCUCUACCAAAGCAAGAAACAUCCGCAGAAGCAUGAGCACACCAAAUGUCCACAAUGUGUCCUGUAGCCGACUAGAUCUUUCUGCCUGUGAUGAAGAUGAUAAGGGUUGGUCUGAAAGUCACCUAGAUAUGUCUGACUGUUCUUCCAGUUAUCAGGAUGUAUCAUGCUAUGGUACUUUACCCAGGGAGUCACCACGCAAGAGCAAAGAGGGCAGCGGUAUCACGUCAGAGAAUUCUCAUGCUUUAAUGGCCAGCCCUUUUAAAGCAUUUUCUCCUCAGCCACCCAAGUUUUUCAAACCCUUAAUGCCAGUGAAAGAGGAGCAUAAAAGGAAGACCCCACUUGAAAGUCGACCUCUGCUUAGUCAGGAGGAUUCUGAGGAGGAGGACAGUGAGCUGGAGGCCAUUCAUAAGAAACUGAUAAGCCCACAAAGUUUUAAAACUUUCCGACCUUACGUACCAGAGGAAUUUGCUGACUUCAGUGUUUACAAUGCUAGCCUGGAAAACAGGGAGUGGUUUUCUUCUAAAUCAGACUUCAUGAGUUCACGUGCUCUUGAGAAAGAGGUAUCCCGCAGCCCCACCACUAGCAGUAUCACUAGUGGCUAUUUUUCCCACAGUGCCUCUAAUGCUACUCUGUCUGACAUGCUUAUUCCCUCUAGUGAUAGCACAGACCAGCUAGCCUGUCACACAAAGGAACUGGACUCUAAUGACCCUUCAGGAUCAUCCCUUGCACAUGAUACAAGAUCCUUGAACAAGGAAUCUUGUGAGGCAGAAAAGGAGUUAGCGAGAGAAAAGUUACCUGUGUUACCACUCAAAGAAAACAGUGCCUUAACAGAACGAGUUCCACUGUCCCUCAGUGCCACUGACACAGGCUCUCAGCAGUUACCCAGAGUUGGAUCACUUUCAGCUCUAAGCUCCUCAGAUGGCAGAAAUGCUUGUCAUCCAGUUGAAUUUUCUGCACGUGAAGCUACCGUUGAGCACGCAAUGGAGAUUGUUGAAGAUCACUCAUUUACAGAGUUCAUGGGUGUCGAAGAUGGAAAAGACUUUGACCACUCAGCAUCUCCACAGCCCUGUUCUGUUGCGUCCUCCAAUGGAGUGAGCACCUCGGAGUUAUCCCCAGGAACUGGCAAGGAGCAGGACACGUGUGAGACCCAGCUGGGCUCUGCAACAGCAGGCAGUCAGCUUGCAAAUGCUGCGGGAAGGCCUUUGGUAGUAAAAGAGACUUCAGACUGUGAGACUUAUCCUGAUAUCUCCAUAGAUGAUUUUACUGGGAAGGACCACUUGGAUGGGUCUGACUGUGAAGACAGUGCUUCUGCAGAUCAAACCCAUGUCUUGCCUAGCUGGGUGGCAGUGGGUGAGCAAGUCUGUGUUGGAAGCAAUAAGGUGGGCACAGUGAGAUAUGUUGGGACGGUGGAUUUUUCAGCUGGCAUCUGGGUUGGAGUUGAACUAAACGUUCAGUUAGGGAAACACGAUGGGACUGUCAAAGGCAGAGAGUACUUCCACUGCAAACCACGGCACGGGGUGUUUGUUCGCCCCGGGCGCCUCAGUAAAGCACCAGCAUCCACGAGGAAAUGCAGCAGCACUUGGCGGUCUCAGGCAUCUUCCACUUCAGAGAAACGGAGGAGUUCUGUACUUCAGGGCUCUCCAUCCACUCCUAAAGCAGGAGAAGGCCUCUGUCAUUCAGGAGAUGCGGCGGCCUCUGCUUUUUCUAGGAAACAAGAAAACAGGAAAUCGUGGAUUAACUGAACCGCGGUAUUUUUUGCACUUACUACACAUAUCAGUGUGUGGAAAACUUUGGAAGGUAUUGUACAUUUAGAUCUGUCCAUACAGAAUGCGUAUUCCCUAGGGUCCUUGACUUCUCUAAUUUUUUUUUAUAAAUAAUAUAUAUUAUAUAUAUAUGAAUGUGUAUCUAUAGUUUGUCUGCCAGUGGGCAGAUACGGCUGCACACUAAAAUACAGUUAAAGCUGAUGUGUAGAUAAUUGAGGUACUGGACUAUUUGUUAUGCACCAACAUGGGAGAUAUAUUUUAAACAAGUAGAAAUAUUUUAUUGUGGACAAGCAGGCUGUAAAUCCGUGUUUGGAAAAAGACUACGGUUUGCUGUUUUUCAUUACCAAAGAACUCGUUUCAGACUGACACAUUUUGCUGUUUUUAUCUUUCUAUUGUAAAUGUUUUAACUGAUAACGUGGUGCCAUUUUCCUUUCAGUCACGGGGCACCAAGCAGCCUUAUGUUCUGUGUUUAAGCACACUGAAAUAUCCAACUGCUUCAUAUUUCUUGUCUUCCUAGAGGCCUGCCACUGUGCUGAUGAACUGGCAUUGUACUGAGGUGACUGACAAUGCCCGAAGCUGUUAGUCUGGUAUUUUGUGUGUUACCAUAAACCAGCCGGGCAGUUUGACUGCAGAAACAGUAUUACUGCAAGGAUGUGAUAGGGCAACGCUUUGGGGUUUGUGUGGGGGGGUUUUGGGGU